AUGGAGCCAAUUGAAGAAAUGUCAUUGUGGAGUGGAGUGCCACAGGCACCAGUCGACCCAAUCUACAGUGUGUCGCUGGCUUAUAAGGCUGAUACUCAUCCACAAAAGGUGGAUGUGUCGGUGGGCGCCUACAGAUGCCCAGGCGGAAAGCCCUUCGUCAUGAAAUGUAUCUACGAAGCCGAGAAGCGCCUGCUGGGCGCCAACAAGGAGUACUUGCCAAUCGACGGCAUCUGCGACUUCAACAGAAACAGCGCCGAGCUUCUGUUUGGCGACGCCAUGAAGGGCCACGAGAAGCGCAUGGUCACCGUGCAGGCGCUGUCGGGCACGGGCGCCCUGCGUCUGGGCGUCAUCUUCAUCCGCAAGUACCUGCCCGCCGGAACCAUCGUGUACGCCUCGCGCCCCACCUGGACCAACCACCACAACAUCUGCAAGGAGUCGGGCGUGCCAUCCGCCGAGUACGCCUACUACGACACCAAGAACAGCCGUCUCGACUUUGACGGCAUGAUGCGCGAUAUUGAGAACGCGCCCAAUGGCUCGGUCUUCAUCCUGCAUCUGUGCGCACACAACCCAACCGGCUGCGACCCCACUCGCGAGCAAUGGGAGGCCAUUGCCGACUUGAUGGCCAAGAAGAGACACAUCCCCUUCAUGGACUGCGCCUACCAGGGCUACGCCAGUGGCGACCUCGACAACGACGCCUUCUCGGCCCGUCUGUUCUUUGAGCGCGGCUUCGAGCUGCUCUCGGCCCAGUCCUACUCCAAGAACUUUGGCCUGUACGGCGAGCGUGCUGGCGCCCUCACCAUCGUCUCCAAGAAGGCAGACAACAUCCCAAGAAUGCUCUCACAGCUCAAGAUGGAUAUCCGUGCCAUGUACUCCUCCCCACCCACUCACGGCGCCCGUCUGGUCGCCACCAUCCUGGCCGACCCCGAGCUGCGCGCUCUCUGGGUCACCGAGCUCAAGGAGAUGUCUGGCCGCAUCAGAGAGAUGCGACAAGCACUGUUAGAUGCCCUCAAGGAGAGGAAUGUGCCAGGCGAUUGGACUCACAUCACCUCCCAGAUUGGCAUGUUCACCUAUACAGGUCUGAACCCAGCCCAGGUCAAGCUGCUGGUCGAGAAGUACCACAUCUACUUGCUGAGUAGUGGUCGUGUCAGCGUUGCCGGUUUGAAUCACAACAACGUUGCCUACGUUGCCGAUGCCAUUGCCGAUGCUGUUGCCAAUGUUCAAUAA